AUGGCUCGUCUGCUGCAUGCCUUGCGGCGAGUCCUCGGGCUGACCACCCCGUCGGCCACUGCCGGCCCGCAGGCUCGGUCGAUCGACACCGACUUCUCAAUCUUCAGGGAGGGCGAUCGGGCCGUGCUGCAUCAGAAGCAGCCGCAAUUGACGAAGCCAUUGAAGGCGGGCGACAAGACACAACUCCGCCGCGGAUACGUCGCGCAUGAUCGCAUCAUUGGGAGCCGGGUUUGGAAUGCGGUGCAGGCGCAUAAAGGCAGGACGCGAUCAAUGACCUCCCCCCUCCCAACCUUAGAAGAAUACGUCGCCUUGACUCCUCGCCUCGUGACGCCGAUCUAUUCGCACGACGGAAACUUGAUUGUCUCCCUCCUCGACAUUCAUGUGAAUCCUCCUGCCGCAGCCGAGACCCAGCCUCCAUUGGAAAUCCUCGAAUCCGGCACCGGCCACGGCUCCUUGACCCUCCACCUCGCGCGCGCCAUUCAUGCCGCUAAUACCACUCCACCACCUCGCCCGUCGCAAUCGCAGAUUCAGUACUUAGAGGAUCGAAAUAAGAAGCCGGGGGAGGAGGACACGAAUCAAGCAGCCGGAAACCAGACCGCGACGAGCGACGACACCACCCAGCAGGAAUGGGAUACAUGGCGAAUGGAGCGCAACGCCGUAAUCCACACCGUGGAUGUCUCGCCAAAGUUCUCUGCAUUGGCAGAGCGGAAUGUCAGAGGCUUUCGCCGUGGGAUCUACGCUGGCGAUGUUGACUUCUACGUCGGGCCCGUCGAGAACUGGAUCGCCGAGCAGACCAAGCGGCGGACGAAGACCGGUGUGCUGUCUGCGUUGACCGGACCGUCCUUGGUGGAGCCCUUCUUGUCGCAUGCCAUUCUGGACAUGCCAUCGGCGCAUCUGCGGAUUCCACAUGUUGCGCCCAUCUUGAGGCGGGAUGGCUACCUUGUUGUCUUCAUGCCUAGCAUCACUCAAAUUGGUGAGUGUGUGCAGAUAAUCCGCAAGCAGCGCCUGCCCUUUGUGCAAGAACGCGUGGUUGAGCUUGGGCUCGGAAUGACUAGUGGGCGGCAUUGGGAUGUCCGGCUCGCAAUCAAGAAGUCCGGGGCCGAUCCUUCAUCUUGGGCGGCGUCCGCAGCUGAAGAGACUGCCCCGUCUGCUGAUGCGGAGGAGGCAGCGUUUCCUGCCGAAGACAGUGUGGACGAUGUCACUGUCCCAGAAGAGCCCGUCAAAGACGAGGAACCCGUCAUGGUCUGCCGACCCAAGGUGGGCAUCCGUACUGUGGGUGGUGGCUUCGUCGGCAUCUGGCGGCGCAUCGAAGAUCCUUCUGGACGAUGA